GCACCGCAGAAUAUUAUGUUUUCCUUCCCUGUUUUGAAGCCAAACAAGCCCUAACUAAGGUCUCAAGUCUUAACACAGGGUUUAACAAGCACAACAGUAGUUUCAGUAUAAACCCCACAAAACCGCUUUCUAUAUAGUUGACAGAGAGGGAUGCAUAUGAGACAACUGGCAGCUAAGUUUCUGAGGAGAACCCAUUUUCCUCCUCAGAGAUUCUCUUCUUCUAGUGAAAUUACAACAAGCAAUGCCUUGCCCAAUUCACUCUCCAGUAAAACAAAAUGUUCCUACAAAUAUGGUUUUGGAGGGCCUAGUUGGAGGAUGAACUCUAGGGAUUGUUAUCUAUGGACUAUUCUUGCUGGACAAGCUGCAAUAAUUCUUGGGAUAAACGCCAACCCUGUCUUAGCAGACGAGCCUCGCGAAAGCAGUUCACAAAAUGAUUUAGAUACAGAUAGCAUGUUUGGGUUUCGCAAAAUUGAGGAUGGUUCUGUAAUAUCCAAUGAACAUACAGCAAAAUGGAGGCUUUUUUCUGAUAAAGGGAGGGAAGUCUUCCUGCAGGGGAAAUUGGAUCAAGCUGAAAAGUUCUUCUUUUCUGCUCUACAAGAAGCAAAAGAGGGUUUCGGGGAGAAGGAUCCUCAUGUUGCCUCAUCUUGCAACAACUUGGCAGAGCUAUUUAGAGUUCAGAAGCAAUUUGAUAAAGCAGAACCUUUGUAUUGGGAGGCCAUCAAAAUUCUAGAGGAAUCAUUUGGGCCAGAAGACAUCCGUGUGGGUGCUGCGCUUCACAACCUUGGGCAGUUUUAUCUCAUGCAGCGGAAACUGGAUGAAGCUGACAAGUGCUACGAGCGUGCUGUGAAGAUAAAAAGGCGUGUUUUAGGACUCAACCAUACAGACUAUGCAGAUACACUGUAUCAUCUCGGAAUGGUGCUUUAUCUCCUUGGAAAAGAGAAGGAUGCUGAAGCCCUCAUUCAGGAAUCUAUUAAGAUAUUAGAGGAAAAUGGCAUGGGGGACUCAAUUACUUGCAUAAGGAGAUUGCAAUUUCUCUCUCAGAUGUAUCUAAAAUCCAAUCGUCUUGCUGAAGCCGAGGAUGUACAAAGGAAGGUGCUGCAGAUUAUGGAACUAUCAAAGGGAUGGAAUUCCAUGGACACAGUAAUAGUAGCUGAAAGGCUGGCCCUAAUCCUACAGUCAAUUGAGAAGAUAAAAGAAGCAAAAGAACUACUUGAAAGGUGUCUUGAGGCUCGGAAGUCCUUGCUUCCCGAAGAUCACAUUCAGAUUGCUGCAAAUCUGCUUCAUAUUGCAAGGGUUGCAAUGUUGAAUUCAAAUCGGCUGAGAAAGAUAAAUAUUUCUGAAGCAAUUGCUGAGCUUGACAAGGCAAAAGAUCUUUUGCACAGUUCUACAAGGAUAGCACGCCAUGUCUUAAAUAAAUUGAGAAUACAAAAAGGGAAAAAGCAGAAGAAUGGAGCAUCUGAAAUGAAAAGAGAGGGGCAUGCGGCAUUGGUCAUACUGUUGCAAUCACUGGAUACUCUUGGACUUGUGGAGACUACAAAACAAGAGUUACUGGAGUCACAGGGAGAGCAUUUACCCAACGUUGAAGCCGAAAAUGUCCUUUUGCAAUGCAUUUCUUCUUACAAAGAGUUUGAAGCUGAGAAGUUAAUUUCUGAUUCCCCUAAAGUAAAGACCGAGUAUCUUUCAUGUAUGAAGCAUCUUUUGAGCUUGAUGAUCGAUACUGGUAACAAAGAUAAGGUCACCUUAAAGGAUUUGGAUGAUGAAAUCAAGCGUGUUGAAGCUGAGAUUUAUGAUCGCUCAAAACAUAAACCCUAAAAUAGUUUCAGGUUUGUGCCAGUUGUUCAAGCCAGAAUGAAACCAUACUUCCUAAACCUUUGGUACCUCACAUACAAUGCUGGAAAUAUUAUGUUCUCGUUGACUCUUUUUGGUGUUUUUUUUUUGGGUGUAUCACUCUUGUUAUCCUUGUUUGUUAAUUAGCUUGAGAAGCUGGUAGUUAUAAUAAAAUGUCAACACGAAAUUGUAUGGAGGCACAAAUGUAUCAAGAACAAAAAAUCACAAUUUUUCUUAGUUUUGUAGCAAAUAAAAUGUUUUGCUCAUGUCUACAA